AUGAAGUUAAAGCGAACGAGAACAUCAAAAUCUACGUUGUCAGAGAAAAUAGCCGAUGCUCUCACGGUUAAGCCUCGAGCGGACAUUGAAGAUGAUCACGUAUUCAACUCAAAACCAAAAACACUAUCACGUGCAGAGUUUAGUUCUUCCGACAGCGAAGAUGAUGCGAUUAUAAGCGAUUUCAGAAAAAGAAACGUCAACUUGUUAAGUGAAGUUAGUAAAAAAUACGAAGGACAAGUGGUAUCACGGAAAGACUUGACGGAAGACACUGAAGCUGUGGGUUCUAAUGAUGAAAAUUUAUCUGGCGACGAUCUUUUAGACGGUCCUUAUGAAUCUGCUGGAUCCGAAAGUGAUGAUUACAGCAUAAACAAAGAUCAAAAGCAAUCAGCGAUGGGACAUAGAGAGGAACUGGAUGAAAGAGAAGAUAGUGAAUCUGAUGGAGAAGGAAAUGAUGGCAGUGACAACUAUAAUGAUGAUGAUGAUGAUAAUGAUGAUGAUGACGAUGAGAAUGAAGCAUACGACAUUAGCCAAAUGGCGGAGCCUGUAAAAGAGAACUUUGAGCAUAUGAGAAAACAAAAUAUUUCUGAAGAAGCUAAAAAGGGUGUAUGUGUUAGAAAUCAAUUGUUGAUCUGGGAAGGUCUCUUAGAAAUGAGAAUUCAUUUACAACGGUGUAUGAGCACUGCUAACAAAAUGCCAAUGAGUGAAACUUAUGCUGAAUUAAAACAGAACAUGGAGUUUGCAAAAGAAAGUAAUGAGACUGUGAACAAUGUUGCAAUAGUGUUAGAAAAAAUGUUAACAAUACAGAAUACUUUAUUAAAAAACUUUCCUGAAACCAAAACAUUGUCAUUGAAAAAACAAGGUACUGCUUUAAUUGUUCAAAAGAAGACUAAUGAAGGAAGCGAUGAGGAGAUACCAAGUGAUACGGAUAAUGAAGAAAUACCAUCAGACACUGAUGCUGAGGACGAACCUGCAAAAGAAACCCAAAAGUUAGAAAAACACAAAACAAAAAAGCGUAAAAUUGAAGACUAUGAAAAGGAAUUGAACAUGUCUCAUAAAGCUUUCAAAUCAUUUAGAGAUAUGACAAUACAAAAAUGGAAUGAAAAGACUCGAAUUGCUACAGCUGCAAAUAUCAAGACUGCUCCCACUAAUACUAUACUCCAACAAAUAUCAUACAUACUAUCUGAUAGAAACAAACUUAUCAGGCGUACACAAUUAAAAAGAUCAGAAUAUGAUAUUAUUGGCUACAAAAAAGAUUUGUCUAUGGAAGAAUCUAAAGAGACAUGUGACGAAAAUCUAGCUAUAAGAGAUCGAAAGGAAAAUGAUGAAUAUAUUUCUGAAAUAUUUGAUGACAGUGACUUUUAUCACCAGCUAUUGAGGGAAUUAAUUGAAUGUAAAUCGGCUGACAUUUCGGACCCAGUACAGCUUAGUCGUCAAUGGAUCGCGUUGCAACAAAUGAGAAGUAAAAUGAAAAGAAAGGUCGACACAAAGGCGACUAAAGGAAGAAGAAUAAAAUAUGUGGUGCACAAUAAAUUAGUCAAUUAUAUGGCUCCCGAGAAAUCAGUACUAUGGACCGAUGAGAGCACUAAAGAAUUGUACAGCUCAUUGUUUGGUAAAAUGUUUGAACAGAACAAUUUAGGCUUGAAUGUUAAUUUAGAAAAUGUAAAAAUAAAA